AUGCGAACGCUUUUUGGCAAGAAGAAGGACAAGGACAGCUCUGAGAACUUCAGCAGCGUGUCGACUCCUUCGUUGCCCCCUGCAGCACCAGCCGAAGAAGGCUGCUCUGACCUCGCCUUUCUCCCGAGUCGCCCGGUCGGUGAUUGGCCGCCCGCGUUGGCAGAUCGGCGAAGGCCAGUUGACACGGAGGACAUCCCGCUGCCUGGGCGGAAGUCCAAACUGGCAGGCCUUUUCGACGAAGACGUGGCAACGGAGGCACCAAAAUCAGAGCACUUGGAGGUGAAGGUGCCGGCGGCGGCACCCAGCGUACCAGGUCCAUCUCCGGCCACCAUGGGAGAUGCCAAGGAGAGAAAGGUCUUCCUCAUCAGAGGGACAGACCUAGAGGUUGGUGGCGAGUCUAUUUCGUCCGAAUGGACAACAGACUCGGAAGCUGAGCAGGCCCUGCAGGCCCUGCAGGCUCAGAAGGGAAGCCGAGGGCUGGAGGCAGUGCCAAACUACGAGUCGGGCAGGUCUGAGAGUCUGCAGUCUGGCUGGGGAAGCUAUGUGCAAGUCUCAGAUGACGGGCUUCUCAGUAUUCGCCUAGCCAGAAUGGGACUUGAUGUCCGUGCAAUACAAAAGUUUUGCGCAUGGCUCCCAACAGAGCUACAGCGCUUGAAGCAGGCGAAGGUUCGAACGCUGUACGUCUCCAGUGAGGACAUUGUCUUGGCUUAUGAUGUAGAUCUUUCUCAGAAUGACUUGGAUGAUGAGGCGAUGAGGAUCCUGCUCCUGACUUUGAAGCAAGCCAGGGUGGUCAUUGGAGUUGCAAAGUUCUAUCAGAAUAGACUUAGCUGCCGCAGCGCCAUACUUCUGUCGCAGUGGAUCCGAUCCGCACCUGGGGUCCUUUUCGAGCUUCACCUUUCUCAUAAUCAGAUCAAGACAGCCGGAGCCCUAGAGCUGAUCCAAGCGGUAGCCGAGACCAAGAGUUACCCCUCUGCACGACCGGGUAGCAAAAACUGGCCUUUGCCGCUAUGGCUGCGAUUGGAGCACAAUGAUAUCCCGGAGGCAGCCAACUUUGAACGUAAAGCGGAGCUUUGUGUUCAGGCUGCUCGACCGGAUACGAAGGGAAAGCUGAUCUGUUGGUUUGCACCCAGAAAUCGAUAUGGAUGCAGAAGUGACAACUGCGGCCAUUCUACCGCCAAUCAUUGUCCGGUGUUUCACAUUCCGCACCUGCGCCCGGAGACGCGGAAUUGUAAAGUGCCCGUGCCGACUACAUCAGACAAUGACAAGGUGCAGAAAGCACCUGCGACGCAUGACUCUGAUCCUUCGGUGGGCAUGUCGGGCAUGAAGCUCAUCGCGCAGGCAGUGGCAGUACCGGCCCAGCCGGCGAAACGACAGUACCUUCAGACGCUCAUCGCUGACGCGCGGCCUGUGGCAGAGGUUCUCAUUCAAAGGUUCUGUGGCGAAACGGAGAAACUGGUUCCACAUCUUGCUCUGAACCUUCAACCUUGCAGCUUCCACGCUUCCCCGGAGGAGCUGCGAGACAGGGCACAGCUGCCACUGGCAGAGGUGCAGGAGAAGUUGAGGCAGUUCCGAAGACUCCAGGCCGCCAAGGAAGCUGCAGAGGCUGCAAAGAGCUCAGCCGCAAGCUGUGGGUGGUUGAGGCUGCAGGGCCUGGUGGCUUCAGGAUUCGGCGUCCAGUUUGGACGCGGGCGGCACUGCACGUCUCAUCCGCUGCAGGUGCAGCAGCAGUGGAAUCUCAUCAAAGGAUUCGUGGAAGCGAGAGGGAUUGGAAUGGGACAUCGUAAGACCUUGCGAGAUUUGUUCGACACCUUGGAAGCGUGCACCCCCAUUCGUUGGAUGGUUGACCGCGAAGUGCUCAGCCCUGACCGCCGGGGCUUCCCGCCCCGCCCGCCGCUGCUGUCAUCGGACGGCGGUGACAGGCAGAGACUGGCAGAACGAUUCGAGCCAGAGCGGCAUCGGCGCGGAGAGUUGUACUGGUUCGAUGCCCCAAAAAAGUACCGAGGCUUCGCACUGGCACCGGCAUUUUUGCGCCAAGACGAGAUUGAGGCCAUUGCUGCCGCCGCCAAGCACAGCUCGGUGAAGGAGAUCAAUGACCGAAAGGGCUAUUUGGCUUUUAAGCACAGGGUCUGGCGUUUCGAGCUCCAGCUCCGCUCCCUCUACCCUGAGCUUUAUGCCCGGCUGAUGGCCCUGAUGCGCAGCGCGGAUGAGGCACAGUGGCAACGGCUGUGCAAGUCAAAGAAAGUCUACCCGGAGGUAGAAUACAUCGAGUACGACGUGGAUGAAAUGGGAGAACCCUGCUUCAUCGAACCGCACGUUGACAACAAGUCUGCUGUGACAAUGGUAGCAAUGCUGUCUGCACCGGACGCAUACGUCGGCGGCCGAAGCUGCUUUCGCAGGGCUUCAGGAAGUCGGGGCCACCGCGAGGUUACACUGCAAAAAGGGGACAUCGUGCUUUUCCGUGGCGAGAAGCUCGUUCACUGGAUAACGCCCGUGACAGCCGGCCGGCGAGUCAUUCUGCAGAUUGAGCUAUCGCGUGUUUGA